CAUAACGGAGUCGGCCAAUCACAAAAACAUCUGAAGGGGAUUUUUGCUGUAUCUUGGCUCAGAUGCCGCGACUGCUCAGCACCAGUUAGUCGGUCCAGAUGUCGGAGGACCAGCGGGUCGAGGCCUCCCGGAGGGGGGACGGCACUCUGGAGGCGGGGGAGGGCGACACGGAGCCCAGCAUGCUGCUGCAGAAACUCAAGAGCAACAUCUCGAAAAGUGUUCAGACCAAAGUGGACCAGAUCCUGCAAGAUGUUCAGCGUUUCUCUGACAACGAUAAGCUGUACCUGUACCUCCAGCUGCCCUCUGGACCGAGCUCCGGAGACAAGAGUGGUGGUGGCGGUGGCGACUCCAGUUCCUUCAACACAGCCGACCAGCUCCACACCUGUAACUGGAUCCGCAGUCACCUGGAGGAGCAUUCGGACACCUGCCUGCCCAAACAGGACGUCUACGAGACGUACAAGAGAUACUGUGAGAACCUGCAGCAUCGUCCUCUGAGCGCCGCCAACUUUGGAAAGAUCAUCAGAGACAUCUUCCCCAACAUCAAAGCCCGGCGGCUCGGCGGCCGAGGACAGUCCAAGUACUGUUACAGCGGCAUCAGGAGGAAGACGGUUCUCAACAUGCCUCUGCUGCCCAACCUGGACCUGAAGAACGACCCGGCCGAGCUGACGGAGCUGGUCCAGACGUACAAACAGGAAGUGACGGAGGCGGCGUGCGAGCUGAUCUGCGACUGGGCUCAAAAGAUCCUGAAGCGCUCGUUCGACACGGUGGUGGAGAUCGCUCGCUACCUGAUCCACGAGCACAUCGUCAACCCCCGCUGCAGCCAGGCUGAGCUGGUGACCUCAGCCGCACUCGCAGGAGCUCCAGCCAAAACCCACAAGGUCAUCAAGAAGGCCCCCGUCUCCUCUAAAGCCGAGAGCGACGGCGCCGCCGAUUACAAGAAGGAACUUGGAGACUCUUCUUCGUCCUCGUCUUCACUGAAGUCGGCGUUGGCAGACAGACCGUCUGCAGCAGCCAAGGCUUCCUGCCUGGACGCUCCGCCCUCCUCCUCCUCUUCCUCUUCCUCGCUGCGUCCGGCGGUGGAGGCCUUCAUGAAGCAGUUACCCAGAAUCCUCCCCCGGAGCUCCAUCCCGGAUAAGACCCAGCUCUCCGUCCGCUCCUCUCCGCCCUCGCUGGCCCCCAAAGACGCCCCCGGUGCCGGGGGGGUGAAGGUCAUUGCAAUGGCGGCGCUGCCCCAGCAGCAGGGCGGGCCCGUCCCGGUGAUGAUCCUGCCUCCGGGCUGUCUGUCGUACGAACGGGAGAAGAUCGCCUCCCCGCCGCCUCUUCCUCCCCCGCUUCCUCCUCCUCUUCCUCAGCACGCUGCUGCGGCCCCCACCUCGGUGGUGCAGAAACCGCGGGGGAACGGCAACAAGCGCCCCCCAGAGGCGGUGGCGUCAGGCAGCGGCACCGCCGUCGGAGUGUCCGCCGCUCCGCCGGUGAAACGGAAACGCGGUCGCCCGAGGAAACCCCGGCCCGAGGACGCCCUUCCUCCACCUCCCCCCGCCCCGGUACUGGAGCUGGUGAUCCAGGACCAGCCGGGGCUGGUUCUGAGUCAGGGCCACAGGCUGAUGGAGCACCGCGGCGUGGUGGUGCAGUGUCAGGCGGCCGCGGCGGUGGAACCGGACCGCCGCGGCCGCCCGCUGCUGCUCUUCCAGAGCGCGGCGGGGAACCCCGGCUGGGAGCUGGCGGCGGCGGGACGCACCCAGAUGGUGGAGGUCAUCCAGAAAGCCCCGAGGCCGAGCAACAACAACUCGGCUGCUCCUCCACACCUCCACCCCCUUCCUCUGCCCACGCUGCACGAGGAGCGGGGGGAGGUGGAGAUAACGCUGACGCCGGUGGAGCUGCACGUCAACCCUUCCUCUUCCUCCUCUUCCUCCGUCUGCUCCGUCACGGUGAUGAAGAGCGAGGAGGAGGCAGAGGGCAGCGCCUCCUCAAAGACAGAGGCACACUAG